AUGAGUUCCAGUCGAGACCGGAUAAGUCUGCCCUCCACCAUCUCCGACGCCGCCAUCGCCCGUCUGCCUCCAUUGGAGACCAACGUCGACCUCGAGUGGAGAGCGACUCCGCCCUCGACCUCCCGUCCUUACUCCAAGAAAUCCACCAGGGCCGUGCAGCAGCACUUCAGUGGGAAAGCGCCCGAAUCGGACGCGAUCCCUGCUGAGGUCUACAAGCAAGGUUGCCUCCAAGUCAUGGAUCAUCUGACGGAUCUCUCUCAGGAGAUGUGGCGUCAAGGAGAAGUCCCGAAGUUCGUGAACUCCAAAAUCGUGCAUCCUUACAACCGACCGUGCAUCCUUUGCCGACGACUGCGUCCUCAACACUACUUCGGAAGGGGACAAGUAAAGGAGCAGGGAUCUCUUCGCCGCCGCCUGAGUGAAUUUCGGUCUGAUCAUUAG